AUGGCGGCCACCACGGGACUGGCCCUCCUGGUCCUGCUGCUCUACUGCGGGCAGGGAGCCGAGCUCCCGCCGAUCAACGUGAGCUCAGGUACAGCAACUACAACGAAUAAGACAAAUGUUCAGGAGGAUAUGCCUGGAGUAUUCGAUGAAAUUCUAGUCCAGGAGAUGCUGGAGCCAAACAGAUCUUCAUUUUCUGAAGCACAAAAACCACUACCAACAUUACCAACAAUAACAACCUCAACAACCUUAACAACGACUCCGACAAAGAGAAAAAAUGCCGGCAUUCACGAGAGCGACCAGCUCAGUGUUCCUGAGGGUUUCCACAAGCUUGCAGAAUUGUCACCAAUAUCCCUGGAGACUGAGGACAAAAUUCUCAAUGAACCCAGUUUGGAUGCGUCUUACCGAACCAGUGGCCCCGAGGACUACCGUGACUCACAGACCUCAGGCACUGCAGACAGUCUUCACAGUAACGGAAAGAAGCACCCCAAAACUGACCAACAAUUGAAACAAUCGGUUCUGGACAUGAUCCUUCAAAAUAUCGGAAAAUCUUCAGGUAAAGUGAACAAUGGUGUGGUGACGAGGGGUCCUCCCCCUGGCCCAGGGAGGUCAUCGCACCGGUGGGCAGCCACGCCCCUCGCCGCCGGCACCUCCCACCUGGGACCUGCUUCCCAGGCCUUUUCAGACGCCUCGGCCGCUGCCUCUCGAGCCUCCGGGAGCUGCGUUCUGCAUCUGCUCUUCGCUCGCUGA